AUGUGGGAUCGUAGAGGACUCAAACUUUGGAUCGUAAGUGCUCACGCACCUACGGAGGCCGCAGGGGACCACAACAAAGACGUAUUUUAUGAUGAAAUCAAUUCGUUGAUAUCCAAAAUACCAAGUCAGCAGGCGGUAAUUGUCGCAAUUAAUGCGAAUGCAAAGAUGGGACCUGAACAACAAUCCGAUGAGCUCGGAAAAUGGUAUUAUCGCGCAAAGCAAGCGCCGGACGACGGUAGUUCUUGA